AUGGGCUUUUUUGACUCUUUUGACUGCCAUAGACUCGUGGGAAAAACAGAACUGGACCUUCAGACAUGUACUGACAAAAGAAAUGCCCAGCUGACUGAGCUGAAGAGCAAACUACAUGCCUUGCAGAGCUACGCUCAGACUGAGCUGUCCGAGGUGGAGCAGCUCCUGUCUGACGUCACACACUCCGUAGAUCGCAUCCGCAGCGAGCUGGUGGGCGGGAUUGAGGAGAAGAGAGAGGCUGUGAUUGGACGAGGACAAAGCAUCGUCACCCAGCUUGAGACAAAGUUAGCGCAGCUGCAAGAGCGUAGAGGCCGACUAGAGGCACAGGCUAUUUCAGACGACCAUAUCGGUUUCCUUCAGAGUUUUGAGGAAGCCAACAGUCCCUUGCAGGACUCAGAUAUGGACAUGCAUGAGGUGGAUGAGCUGACUCUGCACUUCUCACUUGGGGACGUCAAAGCAGCUUUAGGAGAGAUCCGGGAAAGACUGGAUGACAUACGCUGUGGGGAAGUGCAUUACCGACACUCUGUGUCAUCAUUAGCAGAGAGUGAGAGUAUGGUGAGCGUUCGAUCGAUGAGGAGGAAGGAGUGGUCACUGAAAGAUCUACAGAAAUUAAAAAUAGGCCACAAAAAGGUUAAAACCUAUCUUGAGGACGUAACGCUGAAUCCGACCACAGCGUACCCGUUCCUCAUCCUCUCGGACGACCGCAAGCAGCUGAAGCGUGGCGAGAAGCUGCAGUUCUACAGGAACAACUCGCAGCGCUUCGAUGUCUGGUCCUGUGUGCUCGCCAAAGACGGCUACGAAUCCGGAACACACUACUGGGAGGUCAGUGUUGGUGAGAAUAAGGACUGGAAGCUGGGAGUGGUGCGAGAGUCGGCCCUGAGGAAGGGUCUGUUUGACAUGACCCCUGCUAUCGGCUACUACGCGCUGUGGUGGAGCGGCAGCCAUUUACGCGCUCUGACCGCGCCGCCCCUCGCUAAGGUCAAAGUCACGGGGCACCUGCGGCGUAUAGGCGUCUAUCUGGACUGUGAGGAGGGUCAGCUGGUCUUCUUCAAUGCCAAGACAGGAUCUGAGGUGUAUUCAUUCACGGUAGCGUUCUCAGAGAAACUGUUCCCGCUGUUCGGCACGGCCGAUAAAGACGUGCCGCUGAUGUCUCCGUUUGUCGGCGUCCCAGAGUGA